UUUCCGAACCGGGUUGUCGCCGGUUUCUUCCCUGGUGUAUUGUGUUGAGACAUUUGUUAUUGCCAAUACACUACUGAAAGAUGAGCCCCGGAAACCCCGACUCCAACCUGGUUUGACUAAGCCCACCCCACACGCGGCCGCUUCACCUUUGGGCUGUUGCUUAGGGAGUAGGCAAGCAAGACGUUGGAACAACGGACGCUGACGUGUGGAGACCUGAACACGGCCGGGGAACUUUUCAUACUCGCGCCCUUUGUGAGAGUAUUAUUGUCUUUCAGUGCAGAUCGUCAAGAUGGUUGUCCUAGCUGCUUCGAUAUGCACAAAGGCCGGCAAGGCGGUUAUGUCGCGUCAGUUCGUAGAGAUGCCUCGGUCUCGCAUUGAAGGAUUGUUGGCAUCCUUUCCAAAACUCAUAGGUACUAGUGACCAACAUACGUUUGUGGAGACUGAAACAGUUCGAUAUGUGUAUCAGCCGUUGGAAGACCUCUAUAUGGUCCUCGUCACAAACAAGCAUUCAAACAUUCUGCAAGACAUUGAUACGCUGCAUCUCUUUGCUCGCCUUGUGUCUGAGUACUGCCGCUCCCUGAAUGAACGGGAAAUAGCUCUUCAAGCGUUCGAACUUGCUCAUGUAUUCGAUGAAGUAGUUUCUCUGGGAUAUCGCGAAAACGUCAACAUCGCUCAGAUCCGGACGAUUACGGAGAUGGAAUCGCAUGAGGAGCGUGUGCAGGCAGAGAUUGCGAGAAACCAGGAGAAGCAGGCCAAGGAGGAUGCCCGUAGGAAAGCCAGGAUGAUGGAGAUGCAAAAGCGUGAAAUGGCGAAAAUGGGUUACACUGGCGGUGCUGGAGGCUUUGGUGGCGGCUUUGGUAGUGGUGGCGGUAGUUACGGAGGGUCAGGUCCUGGUGGAUUCCGUAGUGGUAGCCCCUACGAGCCCGUCCGGAACAUUACCCCGGAACCUGAACGUUCUUCUUAUUCGGCGCCCGUUACCGCCCCUCCCGCAGGAGGCCGAGGAAAGGGUAUGCAAUUGGGCAGGAAGCAGAAUGAUGCGAUGUUGGUCAACACUAUCAAAGCUGACGAAGGCAUUCCCGACGUGCCACCACCUGUCACGAGCCCAACUGGUGGAAUCGCAGCUCCUGUGCAUCAUCCUGCUGUUCCAACUGAAAGCGUGCACGUUGCCCUGGAAGAGAAGAUCAUAGUGGUUGUGAAUCGCGACGGCGGUCUACAGGAUAUGAAAGUGAAGGGCGAAAUGCAACUGAAAGUUACGGAUCCCGCAAAGGGCCAUCUACGCGUUGCAUUGAACAUGAAGCACGACCCAAAUGUGCAAUAUAAUACACACCCUCAAGUCGACAAGAAGCUUUUUGCCGAUAGCUCCAUCCUCGGUGUGAGAGACCCUUCGAAACCUUUCCCAACAAACCAAGCUCUGAAUAUUCUGCGAUGGCGGUUUGCGACGAACGAUGAGAGUCAGGUCCCCUUGUUGAUCAACUGCUGGCCGUCACCAUCUGGAACUGGUUCAUGCGAUGUUAACAUUGAAUACGAACUUCAAUCAAAUGAACUUGAGCUGCGGGAUGUAAUCAUCUCAAUUCCAUACCCCGGUAAUACUCCACCGACGGUUGGGGAUGUUGAGGGCCACUAUGAAAUCGAUAGAGCGAGACGAUUUAUUCAAUGGCAGUUGCCUAUUAUCGAUCAGUCGAAUAAAUCUGGCCUCCUAGAAUUCAGUGUCAACACCGACGAUACAGCGGCUUUCUUCCCAAUCGUUGCUUCGUUUACAAGCGGGAAGACAUUUUGCAGCAUUGGGAUCCGAGAUGUCACGAGCGUCAAUGGCGCUCCGAUAUCGUUUUCGCAAGACACCGUACUUCUAACUGAGGAUUACAAAGUAGUAUGAUUUAUACAGGAAAAUAUGAUUGAAAUCUAUGUACAAAUGCUACAUCGUCCCUUCAAAUGACAGCAUGCCGCUGUUCGUUUAGAAGAGUAGUAGCCGACUAUGUUUGAGAUGUCCCGGAAUUGAUUGCUUCGUAAAAGCGUAACCCAGCAAAUUUGAUGCCGUCUAACAAUCGAGAACACGAAUUUGCAUAUCGUUCCCGG